AUGGCACGGAUGAAAAGGCCCGCUUGUGCUUCACGGACGGUUGAGCAGAAACCGGACAAGUCCCAGCAAACACGCCAGGCCCAGCAGGUUGACAAGUUUGAGAACACGCGGAAGAGACAAAAGACGCCUGAGUCUUCGGAGAAGGCGCCUCCAGGUGACAAGUACUCGAUGAACGAAGUUGACGAAAGCUCCUCUUACAAGCAGGGGAAGAAUGCGGACCUGGAAGUUUGCCAAAUGCAGAUCGAUGACCCCGUUCGGCAACUGUUCGAGAAAAGCAAGUUCCAGAAGGCAGUCCAGGCAACUUUGCAGCUGCUCAGACCCGAUGCCGGCUGCCCCUACUUGCUGACGCCUGCCGCCAUCGACUGCCUUCAGGAGGCUGCAGAAACAACGAUCCGAGACUACCUCUCCUUGCUCCACUCUGCCGCUCGCCAGCAGGGCGCGCCGAGGUGA